AUGCUCAACCAAGUGUCGACGGAUAAAAAGCAUUCAACGACCAAUUCGAUACAAGCUGAAGAUUGUGAAUCAAGCACAAACAAAAGAUUGGACAUCGUUGUGGGUCAUUGCAAUGCAAGUGUCGAAGAGUGCGCUAGACCUAACUGGAGGAAACAUUACGACACCAAUACGAAAGCCGUGAUAGGUGUUCUGAACGGAGGAAUGGGUAACACCCAUUUGAACAAAUUGCUGGCUUCGUUAAACAUUUCCCCACUUCAUUGGAAGGUUUUUAAAAAUCACGAGGUGGAAGUAGGAGCAGUCGCAGAAUAUAUGGCGAAGGAAAGUUGCGAAGAAGCUGCACUUCAAGAAAAGAGCUUGACGUUCGAGAAUUAUGAGAGGGUUAAAGAAUUGUUACCGUCUCAUCUGAAGAUUGGUUUUGUUUUCCCUGGCUCGUCUCCGCUCGAUGAAGGAAAUCUGCAAUAUGCUCCCGAUAUGCCGACUCGCAUUUGCGUAUCAUUCGACAUGGGAUGGACAACUCGAGGUACCGGUCGCAGCUACGACAGCCUGAGUGGCAACGCAGUUCUCAUUGGCCUAUUCAGCAAAAAAAUAAUCGCUUACAUAGCGGAGAACCGAAAAUGUAAGAAGUGCGAUGCGGGACAUUCCCAACAGGACCAUGAUUGCAGAAAAAAUUGUGCUGGAACAGCCAAAGGGAUGGAGCCCAAGGCUGCGGUUGAAAUGACCGUGCGAAAUCCGAUUUUCAAAAAGAAUAAAAUACAAGUUGGAUUGAUUGUAGCUGACAAUGACAGUACUGCUAUUGCAGCAAUUCGAAAAUCGAGCAAUCACGAAGUCGUGAAACAAUGUGAUAAAAAUCACACCAGCAAGGGUGUUGUGAAUGAAUUGUACAGGCUGAAAGGAAAAUACAAGGAACUGACCGUGGACACCAUAACAUAUCUACAGCGCUGUUUUUCAUAUUGCAUAUCUCAAAAUCAAGGAAAUAUUCAGGAGAUGGCCCGAGCAAUACGGAAUAUCCCGUACCAUUGCUUCAAUCGACAUACCAACUGUGGGAAUUGGUGUACUUUUAAAGAACAUCCGGAGAUUUAUCGACACGCGAAUAUUAAUGACGGCUUCCACGAUGAGAGUUUGUUUGAAUCCCUGCGAAAUUUAUUUGACAUACUCGCAAGCAAAGCAAGUAGUUUCGCUGCUGGUGUUUCCAGCAAUGCGAAUGAAAGCUUUAAUGCGAUGCAUGUCAGUAAGGCGCCUAAGUCACGCGUGUAUGGCAUGUCACAAUCGGGUGAUAUGAGGCUGGCAUGUGCAGUCCUAAAAAAAAAUGUCGGGGAGGAAUAUGUCGUGAAGCUUACCGAGAAGCUAUCGUUGUCUCCUGGGAAAUACACUGAACAUUAUGCAAAUAAUGAAACCUCCAAGGCAAAAAGAAGGUAUCAGUCCGCUAUAACUCCGCAAUUUAAAAGACGUCGACUGUUUCUCAAAAAACAGAAAACUAUGUUACGGCACCAAACCGAAUCUUUAGAAGGAGUAACGUAUAAAAGGAACAUCGAUCUUCUCAAACCUCACAAUGCUCGAUCAGAUUCCUCCACGAUUGAUAAAGAAUCUUCUGAGGUUGUAAUCUUUUUUGACUUGGAAACGGGAGGUCUUGCUAAAACCGCAGACAUUCUUCAGAUAGCUGCAACAUGCGGUAAUUCGUCUUUUUCCGUCUACAUACAACCAACACAGAAAAUUGAUCAACGGGCGAGUGCCAUUAACGGAUUGCGGAUUGUUAACGAGCAUCUCGAGUAUCGUGGGCAGAUAAUUCCAACACUACCUUUAUCGUCAGGCAUGCAAGAAUUUUAUGCUUUUCUACAAAAGUUCGAAAGAAAAUGUGUUUUAACCGCACAUAAUUGUGAAUUUGAUUCCUCCAGAUUGUUAAUUGCUAUCGAAAAAACGAACAUGACAGAUGAAUUCGAAACAGUCGUGCAUGGGUUUUGCGAUACACUAGCAAUAACAAGAAGAAUGCCUGGAUCGAGUGCAAGAGGAAAUAAAUUAUCAGAAUUGGCAAAAUAUUAUAACAUCCAGUCGAAUGAUGCCCACAAUGCCGCUGCUGACGUUGCCAUGCUUGAAGCGGUUAUCAAAAAAUUGAAUGUUUCUGAUGAGAUAUUGAUCAAGUCUGCCGUAACGUGGAAAAAAGUUAUUGAAAAAAAAGAUUUUCUCAGACGAUUGCCAAAGGAGAUGAUGAGACUUGAUAAGAUAAAAGACUGUACAUCGUUGGGCACACGGAAAAAAAUGGUUGCAGCUGGAAUUACACUCGAGAUGAUUAAAUGCGCCUACGACGAAAAUAAAAUUUUCGGACUGAUCAAUCUCUUGGGCGAAGAUGAGAACGGGAUUUUGCGGGUCACGAAAUCGCGCAAAAUCGUUCAAAAAAUUUACGAUUUUCUAAGUCGUACUUAG